AGUCCGAUCAUCAGUCGAUUUCCAGCCCAGCCAACCUAUCCGUUAACUUGUGGAUCUUGUGGAUCAUACUAAACAUAAAAUAAAAUAAAAUGCGUUCCAUUUGUGCUGUUUCAUUGGCCGUUUUGUGCCUGAUUGCUGCCGUUUCGGUGUGCAACGGAUUCCCACAGGAGCUGGCGGAUGAAGUCCAGUCGUACGCUAAUAGUUUGUUCGACGAGCUGCCGAAAGAAUCAUACAAGGCUGCUGGGGAAAACUACCGUCUGAAGCGAGCAACCUGUGACCUGUUGAGUGGAUUCGGUGUCAAUGACAGUGCCUGUGCCGCACAUUGCAUUGCUCGCGGUAAUCGCGGUGGCUACUGCAACUCGAAAAAGGUCUGCGUCUGCAGAAAAUGAUCCCCGUUCGCUUGGAUCAUAGUAACCUGAGUGGUGAAAUAUAAUGUUCCUAUACUUGAAACCUGAGGCUUGAAAUCAAUAAUGUCCGAGCAAGGGUGUAAAUGAACAAAUCGUUCACGAUAAUCUCAGUAUUUA